AUGGACUUGGUAAAAAGGAGAAAGUUAUCUUCAGCUGAUCGAAUCCUCACUGCUCUGGCUAUCUCCAGAAUGGUUCUGUUCUGGAUAGCAUCACUUGAUUGGUGGAUAUUUGUGCAGUACCGAGCUUUAUGGAUGACUGGAAAUGUGUUAAAAAUAAUUAAUAUUACCUGGAUAGUGGUCAGUCAUUAUAGCAUCUGGCUUACUUCAACUCUCAGCAUCUUUUAUUUUUUGAAGAUAGCCAAUUUUUCUAACUCUAUUUUUCUCUACCUGAAAUGGAGAGUUGGAAAGGUGGUUUCACUGACUUUACUUGUGGCUCUAGUCCUCAUGUUUGUAAGUAUUGUGUGUACAAAUGCAGAUAUUGCUGUCAUGAUUGAUGCAUAUAAAGGAAAUUUGUCUUACAGUUCCCAAGACUCUGCACAAUUUUCCACACUGCUUCCAUUCAUCAAGACUGUGCUCCUAUUCAUACCCUUUACUGUGAACCUAACAACUUUCCUCCUGCUCAUCUUCUCCCUGAGGAAGCAUCUGAAGAGAAUGCAGCAUAAUGUUAGAGGAUAUGGAGAUGCCAGCACCUUGGCUCACACAAAAGCCUUGCAGAUUGUGAUGGCCUCCCUCUUACUAUAUAUAAUUUUCUUUCUGUCACUACUUGUUAAAGCUUGGAAUUCUCAGUUAUUAAUGAAAAACUUCAUCUUUUUUCUUUGUCAGACAGCUGCAAAUGCAUUUCAUUCAUGUCACUCAUGUGUUCUGAUUUUGGGGAACAGUAAACUGAGACAGGCCUGCUGUUCAGUGCUGAGGCGGCUGGGACAUGGGUCCAACGAUGCAGAUCCAUCGGGUCCAUAG